UUUUUUUUUUUUUUUUUUUGAAACAGAGUCUCACUCCGUCACCCAGGCUGGAGUGCAGUGGUGCAAUCUUGGCUCACUGCAACCUCCACUUCUGGCGUUCAAGUGAUUCUUCUGCCCCAGCCUCCCGAGUAGCUGGGACUAUAGGCACGUGCCACCACAUCCAGCUAAUUUUUGUAUUUUUAGUAGAGAUGGGAUUUCACCAUGUUGGCCAGGCUGGUCUUGAAUCCCUGACCUCAAGUGAUCCACCCACCUCAGCCUCCCAAAGUGCUAGAAUUACAGACAGAAGCCACCACACCCGGCCGUUAUGGCUUAUUAUAAUGACUCUUAAUAAGGGAUAAAGGACAUGAUGAGAUUAGUCCUGGUGAACUCAAGGCAGAUAGGAGUGGCAAGCUUGUAAAUGUUUUGGAGUAGGAAGGGUGGUUGUCUGAGGCUCUCUCUUGAUGCAUGUCUGUGCUAGGCUAGGAAGUCUAGAAAAACUGAGUCCCACUCUAAGCAAGCAGCCCUUCACUUGAGCCCUGUGUAUGGCAGGGAGCAGGGGAGGGGGUCUUAGUCCCAGUGCUUCCACUUUUAGGGUAUUGCGAAUAAUGCUGCAAUGAACAUGGGUGCUCAAGUAUCUAUUUGAGACCCUGCUUUCAUUUGUUUGGGAUAUCCAGAAAUGGGAUUGCUGGAUCAUAUGGCGAUUCUAUUUUUUAAUUUUUUAUGGAACCACUGUACUGUUUUCCGCACUAACUAUACCAUUUUACAUUCCCACCAGCAGUGUACAAGGGUUCUGAUUUUUCCACAUCUUUGCCAAUACUUGUUAUUUUCAGUUUUUUGAUAGUAGCCAUCCUAAUGGGUGUGGAGUCACCUAAAUUUUUAGUUUUUAAUUUUAUUUUUAUUAUUAUUUUUAGAGAGGGCGGCGGGUGGGUCUCACUAUGUUACCCAGGCUGGUCUCGAACUCCUGGACGCAAGUGAUCCACCCGCCUCGGCCUUCCAAAGUGCUGGGAUUACAGGUGGGAGCCACUGCGUCCUGCCUGCCUAAUCAUUUUUAUUAUUAUUAUGUAUUUUUAAAAUUAGGGGCCAUGCUAAUUUUUGUGUCAUUCUAAUUUUCUCUCUAAUCAUUUUGAAAGUCUCUUACUGCUCUCUGCUUUAAAAUUUUUAACCUUAAUUAUCUGUAAACAUUUUUGUACCUUACCUAGUCCAUAACAAGAAGUUUUUUUCUUUGGUUUUUUUUUUUUUGGUGGGGGCGGGGGGUACCAAAUUUCUUUAUUUGAAGGAAUGGUGCAAAUCAACUUAAGUGGAUGUUUUGGUACAACUUAUAGAAAAGGUAAAGGAGACCCCAACAUGCAUGCACUGCCUUGGUGACCAGGGAAGUCACCCCAUGGCUAUGGGGAAAUUAGCCUAAGGCUUAGCUUUCAUUAUCACUGUCUCCCGGGGUGUGCUUGUCAGAGAAAUAUUCUGCCAAGCCAGAUUCGGGUGCCCUCAUCUUGCGCAAGUUGGUCACAUGGUCACCCAAUUCUUGAUGGAUUUCACCUGCUCAUUCAGGUAAUGUGUUUCAGUGAAGUCACACAAAUGGGGGUAAUUUUGUCGGUGGCCAGUUUGUGUAGGUCCAGUAGUGACUGAUUCCCAAGUUUUUCCAAAUGUAAUGCAUGCUCCAUCGCAUUCAGCCUGCUCUCCCAGUCAUCAUGGUCUGGUUUCUUGAAGUCCCGAAGGAAGAUUCAGCCACCUCAUUGGUUCUGCAGCUUCAUCAGUUUCUUGGCAUGUUCCCUCUCCUCAUGAGAUUGGUGAAGAAAGUAUUUGGCAAAGUUCUUCAAAGCCACAUCAUCGUGGUCAAAGUAGUAAGACAUGGACAGGUAGAUGUAGGAGGCAUAGAGCUCCACGUUGAUCUGGCGGUUGAUGGCGGUAGUUCUGGCGCACCUGCGAGGGGGACGCGCAGUCGUCAUGAUGGUGGCCACGGUGGCUGCGCGGCGGUGGCUGCACGGCGCUGGAGUGGCGGCGGGGGCCUUGGGACAGUCAGAGGGCCCAGUGAAGAGGAGCGUGAGGAUCAUCCCCGGAGAGGACGGGAGGAUCGGCAGCACAGGGAACCAUCAGAACAGGAACACAGGAGAGCUAGGAACAGUGACCGGGACAGACACCGGGGCCAUUCCCACCAAAGGAGAACGUCUAACGAGAGGCCUGGGAGUGGGCAGGGUCAGGGACGGGAUCGAGACACUCAGAACCUGCAGGCUCAGGAAGAAGAGCGGGAGUUUUAUAAUGCCAGGCGACGGGAGCAUCGCCAGAGGAAUGACGUUGGUGGUGGCGGCAGUGAGUCUCAGGAGUUGGUUCCUCGGCCUGGUGGCAACAACAAAGAAAAAGAGGUGCCCGCUAAAGAAAAACCAAGCUUUGAACUUUCUGGGGCACUUCUUGAGGACACCAACACUUUCCGGGGUGUAGUCAUUAAAUAUAGUGAGCCCCCAGAAGCACGUAUCCCCAAAAAACGGUGGCGUCUCUACCCAUUUAAAAAUGAUGAGGUGCUUCCAGUCAUGUACAUACAUCGACAGAGUGCGUACCUACUGGGUCGACACCGCCGCAUUGCAGACAUUCCAAUUGAUCACCCGUCUUGUUCAAAGCAGCAUGCAGUCUUUCAAUAUCGGCUUGUGGAAUAUACCCGUGCUGAUGGCACAGUUGGCCGAAGAGUGAAGCCCUACAUCAUUGACCUUGGCUCAGGCAAUGGAACCUUCUUAAACAACAAACGUAUUGAGCCACAGAGAUACUAUGAACUAAAAGAAAAGGAUGUACUCAAAUUUGGAUUCAGUAGCAGAGAAUACGUCUUGCUCCAUGAGUCGUCGGACACUUCUGAAAUAGACAGGAAAGACGACGAGGAUGAGGAGGAGGAGGAAGAAGUGUCUGACAGCUAGCAAACUAAGAACCCAAACUAUUGAUACACGUUUUCCUUCUUGGAAGGCUUUGAUUGACUCAGAGAGCACUAUGGUGCUCUCUGUAAUGCCUCUUACUGCCUUAAGUCUUUCCUCUGUUGCUGACCAGAUUGUGUUACCAUUUGAAUACACUGACUAAUGUUUGUUAAACUUUUUCUGUGGCACCUUGGCCACAUGCCUGCAGGCAUUUGUUUUCAGAACAGUCUCACCAAUUACAACACACCGUGUUUUAGUAGAAGUGUUGUGGUUUUAGUUGGUGCUUUCAGAACUGCUGCCUAGGAAACUAUAAACCCUUGGUUAAGGGGAAAUCAUGGCUUGUUCUCUUUGUACAGUUACUUUAUUUAUAUAGGUGUUCAGCUUUGUGGACCAGGUGUUUUUCUUUUGGGGCGAACCCCUGAGCAGAGAAUCUUACUAGGCUUUGGUUAUCACCAAAACAACCUCCAGUAUAUACCAAAGCUUUGACUUGGUUGAGCUCUUGAGCUUAGAAGUUGAUUUUGCACUUAUUUUUUUGGGGGGUGGGAAUGUACUGCAGUCAGUAAACAUUAUUGACUGUUUAACUUAAACAGAUGCUUUAUGGCACCUGCUCAAGCCCAUGACUGUACAGAAGGAUCCUGGUUGCUACCAGUGGGUGCUGAUUCAGCAUCACAAGUGACUGAAAUUGGCUGUGGAUCUGUUCUUUGUGAAAGAAUUCCUGAUUUCUCCAUGGAGCAUGUACACAAUUUUGAUCAUAUUAACUGUACUUCAGUUUUGCAUUUUUAUUCAAAUGUUAUCUUUUUUCUUUGAGAAAUAAACUGUCACUGAUGUGACAGCGUUCUUUCUUUAUUCUAAUAACAUGUAUAGAUCUAAAGCAGGUUGUGUUGUUUACAUGUUUCUACACAUUUCAUCCUUUAAAAAAUUGUUGAGAGAGGUUGUAUUUACCUUCCGAAGGUUGGAAAGCAGGGGAAUUUCCCAGUGUCCUAGUUUUCCACCAGAGGAAUAUGUGUAAGUAGCAAAGUAUUUGCUGCUUACAUAUAGUGUGUAUGUAUGUAUAUAUGUAAAUUGUGUGUUAAAGAGCUGAUACUGAUUUUCAUAUGACAAUGUUAGGCAAAGGCCUCCCUGCAUUUGAAGAGCAGGUUUUCAUUUAUAUGUAUUUUUGGGAUAAAAAAAUAAAAUUUGUAAAUAUAGCCCCA